AUGUCCUGCCACAUAAACGAUGCCAUAUUCUCCAAAAUAAAUCAUCGUACCAACCUACCUAGGGACAACUACUCACCACUCACCGUUCGUCUUCGCCCGUUUAUCAAUCGAGCAAUAUGGGAUGAUAUACAUACCCAGCGAUUUAAGAGAGAGAGUGAGAGAGCUGCAAAGAAGGACAUCCAAAAAAUUUUAUUUCUUCCAUUUGUAUCACCCCACCCGAAUAUACUCUCCAAAUCCUUAAAAGUCAUAAAUAUUGCCGCAUAA